AUGGUCUGGGUGAAGCUUUUGGCCCUCAUCUUCAUGGCAGUCGUGCCAUAUACUACGGCUUCACCGGAGAUCAAUCCCCGGUUCCAUACGAUUUUGAGCCUUGCAGAUCUCGAGUAUGAGGACAAGUACGUCGUCGGUCUUCAAAACAACCUGUCGCCUACGGACUUGAAGAAGCAUCUCCUGCGCGUCUCCGCCGUCCAAUAUCGAAACAAGAACACCACGUUCGAAGGCGGCACUGGCGUCAGAAAGACAUAUGCCAUCGGUGACUACCGGGCGUACUCUGCGGUCCUCGAUCGAGACACCAUCAAAGAGAUCUGGAACGACACAGUGGAGAAGCCGCCCUGGGGCCUUGCGACACUCUCCAAUAAGAAACCUCACGGAUUCCUCUACCGCUACGACAAGAGCGCGGGCGAGGGAACCUUUGCCUACGUGCUGGAUACCGGCAUCAACACCAAGCACGUCGACUUUGAGGGCCGAGCCUCCAUGGGGUUCAAUCCACCCGAGACGGAACCGACGGAUAUCAACGGGCACGGGACCCACGUUGCCGGCAUCAUCGGCGGCAAGACGUUUGGCGUGGCGAAGAAGACGCAGCUUAUCGGCGUCAAGGUGUUUCUAGAUGACGAGGCGACCACGUCGACGCUGCUAGAGGGGCUUGAGUGGGCAGUCAAUGAUAUUCGAUCAAAGAGCCGCCAGAGCCGCUCUGUCAUUAACCUGUCUCUCGGAGGGCCCUAUUCGGAAGCGCUAAACAGGGCCGUCAACCACAUCUCCGACAUUGGUAUCCUCCCCGUUGUUGCUGCGGGUAAUGAGGGAAUCCCAGCCACGUUCUUCUCGCCCGCCUCCGCAGACAGGGUGCUGACAGUGGGAGCCAUCAACUCGGACUGGCAAGAGACCAACUUUUCCAACUUUGGCCCCCAGGUCAACAUUUUGGCUCCCGGACAGGAUAUCCUGUCGGCGUAUAUCAGUACAAGCAGGGCCACUCGCGUGCUCUCGGGCACUUCGAUGGCGGCGCCUCACGUUGCCGGGCUGGCGCUGUACCUGAUGGCGUUGGAGGAUUUCGACUCGACGAAGAAACUGAUGGACCGGAUAUUGCAGCUCGGGAAGAAGGAUAAAGUGGUCAACUUGAUGACGGACUCGCCGAAUUUGAUUGUUCACAACAAUGUUAAAUGA